AUGAACGUGACCUCGGUGACGUCACUGACCCUGGUCGGGCUCGAGCCGGUGUCGGCCCACGGCCCGGUUCUGUUCGCCGUGCUGUGUUCGGUGUACGUGUUCGUGCUGUGUUCGGACAGCCUGGUCGUGUACCUCAUCUGCUCGCAGAACUCUCUCCGUCGGCCCAUGUUCGCCUUCGUGGCCGCGGUUCUGCUGAACUCUCUGUGCGCGAGCACGGCGCUGUACCCGAAGCUGCUCGCGGACGUGUUGUGGUCUCGCGGCUCGGUGCAGGUGUCCCGGGCCGCGUGCCUGGGUCAGGCCUUCGUGGUGAUCUCUCUGGGCGCCUCGAGCUUCCUGCUGCUGGCCGCCAUGGCGGCAGACAGGUACCUGUCUAUCUGCCGGCCGCUGCGCUACGCCGCGCUCGUGACUCCCGCCUUCGUGUGGGCGCUGCUGCUGCUGUGCUGGCUGCUUCCCGCCACGCUCGUGGGCGGCGCCGUCCUAUUGGCCAGCCGCCUCCCGCUCUGCCGCUCGCGCCUGCGCAGGCUGUACUGUGACGUGUACAGCCUCGUGCGGCUGAGCUGCGGAGGCCGCGCGGCGCUGCAGAGCGAGCUGCUCGGGCUGCUCCUGUCCGCGGGGACCGUCGCGCUUCCCGCCGGCUUCGUGCUCUUCUCGUACGGCCGCGUGCUCACCGUGUGCCUGCGCCGCUCGCGGGCCUUCAGCAGCAGGGCGCUGCACACCUGUCUGCCUCACCUGCUCGUCUUCGUCAACUAUUCUGUCAGCACCGGCAUCGAGCUGCUGCAGCGCCGCCUGCAGGCCGCGGGGGAGCCGUCCAUCGUCCCCUCCUUCCUGGUGGUCAUGAUCCCGACCGUGAUGAACCCGGUGGUGUACGGCCUGAAGAUGAAGGAGGUCCGGCGGCACAUCGAGCGGCUGCUGGGCUGCCAGAGAGCCGCUCCGUGA